AUGAACUACGUCGCACUGAAAGAUGGGGAGCAAGCUGGUGCAGGACGGGAUGUGCCACCCGUUGUCCUGGUUGCCCUUGGGUAUAUCGACAUCAAGACGGCGCGUCUGGAUGCAGAUGGCGGCCACACCACCGAAGACCUGCCGGAUGGGCCCUGGUUUGACUCCCUGGAGUUGACGGGCGAGCUGCGCCCUUGCUACCACCCCACGUAUGAGCCCUUUGCUCUCGACACAGGGAAUGCAGGCAAAUGUGUGCGGAAGCUGCAGAUGAAGGCACCCGGAUUCGAUCCUAAGAGCACAGGAGGAACCCGUCCAAAAGGGAGCUGGGCAGCAUCCUCGCGGCGCGUUCGCUUUCGGCAUCAGCUAUUUGAGCGCAGGCUUCGUGUGGGGGAUGAUGGUGAAUACACAGCACCAACUUCGGAGGAGCAGAAGACGUUGGACGAGUACACCUUCCGCCACCGCCAAACGUGCGAUCGUUUUGUGGAGAAUGAGCACCGUCUGCUCAUCAUUCCAUUGCCCGCAUUCUCUGCGGGCAAUGUACCCAUACUCCCUCGCGACUAUCACACUGCCCUCCCCGGCGCUUUUGUCGAGCUUUUCUUCACCCUGAAGCACUGCCAUUUUUCAGACCUUGAUGAUCAUUCGUUCAACGCCGACAUCGUUCGACUCAAUGUCCUGGUUCCACCCCAAAAAUCCUCGCGCCGCCUACGUCCCCCCUUCAUGAAGCCCAUAGCUGAGAGACUUACAGAACAACGUGGCGCGUAG